CAUGUGUCACUUUACUUUUAUCUCUUUGCUUGGAUUUACUGCAUGUAAUUUAUAAAUACAUUUUCUUUAUGCAUAAUUACAUGUUUUGACUAGUGUCGUAAAUCGCGAAAAGUUAUGUUACAGGAUUAUGCAGAUUUGCGUUAAUGCCGUUAACAAAAUUAUAUCUUAACAUACAAAUUAAGGAACGAAAAUUAGAUCUUCAAAAUGAACGUAAAGAAAUAUAUUCACCCGAGGAACAAGUACAAGAAAUCGCCGAAUUACAAGGAACUUGCGAUCAUGUACCCAGAAUUUCGCGAAAUUGCAAUUGUGGAUCUUGCAGGAAAAGUCAAGAUUGACUUUCAAGACAAAAAAAGCCUGCGUGUUCUCACGGAGACGCUUCUCAAGCAUGAUUUUGAUUUACAUGUAACUAUUCCACCAGAUAAUCUGAAUCCAGCAAUCACACUGCGAAUGAAUUAUAUUCUUUGGAUUGAGGACUUGAUGAAACAUUCCAAACUGGAAAUGAAUAAGAUUACAGGCAUUGAUAUUGGAACAGGAGCAAUUUGUAUAUAUGCUUUAUUACUGGCACAGAUGUAUCAGUGCCAUGUAAUUGCUACAGAAGUAGAUAAAAAAAGUGUAGAAUAUGCAAAAGAAUGUGUGAAGAGAAACAACUUGUGCAAUUUAAUUAAAGUAAUUCUAGUGAACUCCGACAGAAUCUUUAAGGACGUGAUAGAAGACGAUAAAUUUUAUGAUUUCUCCAUGUGCAACCCGCCGUUUUUCGAAAGUGAAGGUGACGACGAGAAAGUAGAAAAGGCCUUUCCGCCGAGAAACGCGCCCACCGGAAACGAAGGCGAACUAAAGAUUAAGGGUGGCGAAGUGGCUUUUGUGACAAAAAUGAUAGAGGAAAGUAUCGAGAUAAGAGAUCGGAUAAAAAUCUACAGCACAAUGAUCGGCAAGAAAGCUGAUUUGUUUCAACUGAAAAGUCUGAUAAGAUCGAAAGAUAUAGAAAACUUGACGUGGACAGAAUUCUGCCAGGGACAUACAACACGAUGGGGUUUAGCUUGGAGUUUUCUACCAAAGAGCGUCCUAGAUCUGGGCGCCGCGCCUGUUAUCAGAAAGAGUGGAAAAUCUAUGAUGCAAUGCUUCAAAAACGAUUAUAAAACUACGAUAACAUUUUCGGUUGAGGAAAAAUUUUCUUGUCUGAAUGAUUUAAUUAGCUUUUUAAGAACAACCAUGGAAGAAUUGAGUAUUAAAUUGGAGGACGUGGCGAUUCCCGAGGACAGCUCCGACGCUUGGGUGUGUGAAAUAACUGCAAUGGAAAGAUCGUGGGAGCAUAUGCGCAGAAAACGGCGUUUGAUGCAACGACAACUUGCUUUAAAAAAGCUAAAAAUAGAAAACAGUGAAUUUGAGACGAAUGUAGACAUUGAAAAAAUGUCUGAUGCAAUACUUGUUGCAGAAGAGUCGAACAAUGUUGAGUUUAAUAACAGUUCUUCGUCUUCAAUUAAACCUGAAACUACUGCAAAAAGUAGAAGCAAAAGUUUUGAUAAGGAGUCUGAUGAAUGUGUUCCUUUACUUACUUGCAUGCUCUGCGUGGAAAUGGGAAAUAUUAAAUGUAAAAAAGGAACUGUGCAAAAUAUGUUCAAGAUACAGAUGAUAUUUAGGACCGGUAAUGGCGGUGUGGAAGCAUUACAGUCGUUGCGACAAUAUUUGAUAAACAAAUUGGGAAUAAGAAAUAAAACUCUGGAUAAUUCGUCGAUAUCUGCUAAGAAAAAAAGAAAAAGAACGAAAAAAACUUCCGUUAUUUCAAUCAGACAAUCGCAGUUAGAUAGUUAAGAGAGAAAGAUUUUUAUCGAAUUAUUAACGAGACAAAGAGUUUCGUUUUCACAUUAGAUCGAUAUGUUACACGUGUUACAUGUAAAAACAAAUUUAUUUCAUGCGAUAUGUUAAAGAAAGUUUAUAACAGGAUAGUAUACGUAAACUAAGUAUAACGUUUUUAUUUGUAUAAUGGAUCUUAUACUUACUAUAUUAUACUUCUUUUAUAAUACAAUUUGACUAACAAGUGCGAUGUGUGAUAAGUUUAAUUAUGAUUAGUAUUGCGAUACAAAAAAAUAAGUCUGUCGACGGAAAACAUCGAUGCUGACCGCAUAUACAUCAUGAUAAUGUGUUAUCCUCAUCGUUAAUUGAUCGUUCUUUUAUUGCAAAGAUUGCUGGUGCUCUCGUCAGGCCUAAUCUUGUUUAAAAUCUAUUGAUGACUACAACAAAAGAAUUAAUCACUGCUAUUUUUUUUUAUUUUCUAAUUAAAUUACUUCGUGACUACUGCUACUGCAUUAUUAAUCGCGAUAAUCUGCUCAAUAAUUGUGACGGGAAAUUUCGUAUUGCUCGACUCGAGCGAAGGAUUCGCAGGAUGUGUGUGUGUGUGUGUGUGUGGUGUGGUGUGGUGUGGUGUGUAAAGAUAUAUAUAUAUAUAUAAAGAUCAA